AUGGGUGAUGCAGGUGGUAGUGGUGUGGGUGGUAGUGGUAGGGAUGCUGAUCAUUUCGGCCGGCGAUUUAACGAAGAGUUGGCGGCCUAUACGCCCGCCGAGAUAAAUCGACUGAUACAAAGGGCCUUGCAGCCGCAGCAGCCGGCGGUACCUCGACCCAUUUUUCACCAAGGUUUGGUUGAUCGGAAUCACGUCGGUGCACACAAGCGGCUAUAUGAAGACUACUUCGCUCCGGAGCCGCGGCACGAUGCGGCUGGGAGACCCGGCCACACACCUAUACAAAAGUGCACUGCGGCAAUCAGGCAGUUAGCCUAUGGAGCCCCGACAGACAUGUGGGACGAGUACCUCCACAUCGGUGAGACAAUUGCCAGCAAUUGUCUAAAGCAUUUCUAUCAGUGUGUCAUUGAAAUAUUAUGUGAUCAAUAUCUUCGGAAGCCUACCCCCCAAGACUGCCAGGACCUGAUGCAGAUGCAGGGGGAUGUGCAUGGUUUCCCGGAGAUGUUGGGCAGCAUAGACUGUAUGCAUUGGGAGUGGAAGAAUUGUCCUGCCUCCUGA